AAUAAGAAUAUUAACAUAUAUAUCAGAAAUCGAUGGCUGAAUUUCCCUGUAAGCUUAUUGCCCAGGUAGCGUUCAAGGCUGGGGGCGACGUGUUUCAUCAGCUCUUAGCUAAGAAGCCUCAACACUUGGCCAAUGUCACCCCUGGAAAAAUCCAGGCUUGUAAUCUGCAUCAGGGCAACUAUGGAACUAAUGGAUCAGUCAUUCAGUGGAACUACACUCUUGAUGGGAAAGCUUUAAUUGCAAAACAAUUGCUUCAUGAUAUCGACGAAACCAAAAAGCAAAUUAAAUUUAAGAUGCUUGAAGGCGAUCUCCUAGAGUUGUACAAGAACAUGGUCUUCACUGUCCACGUCGAGACCAAAGGUGGAGUCGACUUCAUCACUUGGACCAUAGACUACGAGCUGAUCAAUCCCGAUAAUCUACACCCGCUUUCCACCUUAAAUUGGACCAUCGAGUUCACUAAAGAGAUCGAGGCUCAUAUCUUAGGAUAAGGGAUGAUUGUUGCGCAUAUGAUGGGGUUUCAAAUUCACUAAUAUAUAUAUUUCUAUUGUUCCGCCUAUUAAAAUGAAAUAAAGAAAAAGAGGAAAUGGAAUAAUAUCAGCAUGCAUAUAGGUCUGCUGGUGCUAGAAAUAAGGAAUAUGUACUUGUUGGUCAUUGUGAUUUGAGUGAUCUGACAGUACCUAUUCCUCUAUUUUAUUUAGGUAUGAUAUUUGUAAUGUGAAUUUAAAUCACUCUUUAGUUGAUUAUAUUG